AUGUCCAGUUCCCUUGGUUGGGUUGUUGUGAAAACCAAAUGAGAAAAUGUAAUAAAAAGUGAUCAGAACUGUGUCUGGCUAUAGUGACUAUAUGUUCUUUAGUAACUUUGGGUCUUACAGAUUGACAAAAACAGGAAAAGCAUUGGUAAUACUGUUAGAAAGACAGCAAACUACACACUCUCCUACACAGUCCAUAGAUGUAAAAACUGGUGCAGUAUCUUUGAGUGGCAAUUUGACAUUGUCUACUAACAUUCUAAAUGCACAACCCUUUGUCUUUGCAAUUUGGUUUAAGAAAUUUAUCCUACUAAUCACAUAAGUUCAUGGAGAUAUAUACAUAUACAUCUAUGUCUACAUAUAUUCAUAAAGACACAUCCGUAGAUAUAGAUUGUCACUGCAGCAAUGUCCAUAACAGCCAAAGACUGGAAAUAACCUACAUGGUCAUCCAAAUGGGACUGAAUAAUACAUGACAGUGUAUCCUAAAAUGGAGUAAUAUAGUCAUGAAAAAACAAUCCCUAAGAUAUUCAAAAAAGCAAAUCAUAAAACAAUGUGGCCACCUAGCUCCAUUAACAUUAGAAUGCAUAGAACAUUUCUGGAAGAAGACACAAGAAAAUAAUAACAGGAGUUAUUGUAGUAUUAACAACAUGGUUACCUCUCAGAAGCAAGACUAGAAGUUGAAGUCAGGUGGAGAUUUGCUUUUCACUAAAUACCUUUCUGUAAAAUGGAACAUUUCCCCAAUGUAUAUCACUUUUUCAAUUAAAUAAAAAUUAGUUAAUUUUUAAAAAUAAGAGCAUAACCAUCACAUAGCAUUACAUCUUUAUCAGAAAAGCAUCACCAGUUGAAGAUGUAAGUCCCAUGAGAAAUAUGCCUGCUUAACUAUCAUUGGGACUUAAAGGACCAAAAUGGAUCUUAGAGCAAAGUCCCCGGCCCUUAAAGUCAUCACUCUGGAGAGUGAUGGGGACCACGAGGACUAAGCACACAGGUCGUCUUUCCAAACCUCACGUUAUGCAGCUGUUAACUGCAAGAGCCCAGAAAACAGCUGUUUUCACUUCCACCUCUGGGAGUGUGAGAGUGUUCUCAGACUUGGUGUGUUGGUCAGGAUGACUUUGGGGGAAGAAGGGAAAAGAGACUGAAAAUCAUCCCUUAUAAUGCUCUCCUGGUUGUCAAUUAUUUUUUGGUCAAUUUAUUUUUUAGGUUUUUUUUUUUCUUGCAUCUUAACAUCUCACACAUAAACAAUUUACAAUCAUAAAGCACAGUUCCACUUUCUCCUUCAUUCUAACCACCCAGUAGAUGGAUAUGGUAAUGCCACUUUAGGGGGGGUCUCAGAGGGGUUGCCCAGUUCCACCAAUACCAGCUUUGUGUCCUGUCACCACCACUCAACUUUCCCAACUGGGCACUUUCUAUGGUAUGGCUUUCUCUCAUCACACCCGCCCCUUCUCUUGGCAUUAGUUCCUGAUCUACCUCAUCCCAGCCAAGGCCAAGCACUUGGGUUCUUAUGCCCUGUGAUUCUAGAAAUUGAUGGGAGAGACAGGAGUCAUUUAAGGACCAAGGACAAGAUAUGUUUUUCCCUCUGGGGACAAAUCUGAGUUGGUCGCUUUUUAAAACAUUACUUGUUUUUCUGCCUGAGAAAGUUAAGUCGUGGACCCUAUCAAUUGGGUCUCACUACUCCUGAGAACCUACAAUGCUAUGAUACUGAUUAGACGCUUUAUACUUUAUCUCAUUUACCCUGUAAAGGCAAGCUCUAGUCGCUUCACAAUGCAAGAGAGUAUACAGAAAAUUGAGUGAAGGGAAGCCAGUUGCUUAAUGUCACACAGCUCCUCUGCCACGUAAUGACUCAAACCUCAGUGUCUUGACUCUAAAGUCUCUGGUAUAUUACAUCUCACUGCCCAAUGGACACAGCUCUUGGGGUUCCAUGAUUUGUUAAAGUGGUUAAAAACCCCAAAUACAAUCAUAAGUUCUUAAAGCAGGGUAAGUUAUACUAGAAAAAAGGACUGCUAUUCAGCUAAUUUGUUCAUGUUUUUUACAGUCUCCUACAUCUCUAAAAUGAAAAUGAGCCUAAGUUUCACAGAAAAACGUUAGGCUAGUGUCAGCCCCAAGUGACAUGAACAGGGGAAAGGCAAUCCUGCUAAUUGUUAAGUAGACCCGGAAGGGCUGCCUUCUGGGGUUGCCAGGCAACAAAGGUAAACACACAGCAGGAAGUAGCUGGAUCAUGGCUACUAACUACAGUGCGAACCAGUAUGAAAAAGCUUUCUCACCCAAGUAUCUGCAGAACUGGUCUCCUGCCAAGCCAACAAAAGAGGGCAUUUCUUCCCACGAAGGCUACACUCAGAUUAUCGUCAAUGAUUGUGGUCACCUGCUGCCUUCAGUGCCCCGUUCCAAGGCCAAUCCUUGGGGGUCUUUCAUGGGCACCUGGCAAAUGCCUCUGAAGAUACCCCCUGCUCGGGUGACCCUGACCUCCCGAAAAGCUGCUGGUGCUGCUUCCCUCACCAAAUGGAUACAGAAAAAUCCAGAUUUACUGAAGGCCUCCAAUGGGCUAUGUCCUGAAAUCUUAGGCAAGCCCCAUGAUCCAGUCAGUCAGAAGAAACUCGUAAAGUCUACCACAAAGGCUGUACAACAAGCACCAAGUCCAACCCUGAUCCCAAGGCCCCCAGCCACAAAUCUCACUUCCCCUGACCAACCCCAAAGCUCACACCCCUCUGCAGGUCACACUCCAGGUACCCAAAGCCCCACCAGCUUUCCACCUAAGCUGGCAGCCCCAGCAGACCCAAAGCAAGCUGAGUUGCACAAAUGCAGACCUGGGACUCCCGAAGGGGCCACAAUGAGAAAACCUAUCUAGAGACUGUAAGAGGUUAAAAGAGCCCCUCAAUCAGGAAUGUAGAACAAGGAAAUUAUGGGGUGGGAGUAAAGGCAAAUUGGAAAACAAACAUCAUUGGUUGACUCUUUCACUGACUUGGAAUUUGUCUUCCUGUUAACACCUCCCUCUUUAAACCCGUAACUAGAUGAGGCGGGGCUGGGGGAAGCAAGAGUAGGGAAAAGAGGACUGUGGCUCAGGGUGGAACACGUUUUUAUAAGGACUGAGUCAGUUCUACUCCAGAAACAGCCAAGAGGGAACUGGUCCGAACUGCAGCAAAAGAAACCUCAAAGAACCAGUCCCUCACACACACACACCCCAUUUUUACCCCAAGCACAACUACAACUUUAAAGUCAGAAAUACAGUUGUUUAGUAGAGUAUAUCGCGUGUGUUAAAUACAUUUUUGCUUCCCCAAGGGGAAGGAAAGGUAUGGAAAGCCUGAGCAGAUGACACUAUCCCUAAGACUUCAUAUCUGAUGACACAAUAUGGAGCAAAGACAAAUCACAAAGUUACAAA